AUGGCGGGCAUGCCGGUGCUGGGCAACAGCGUCGGGCCUGAGCGGCGCGACCACAGCAGAGAGGCGAGCAACAGGUCGUCCAGCAGUGGAUCAAGGCGCAACUCUUCACCCCAUCGGGUACAGGCUUCGCUCAGUGGCAGUAGCGUUGUAACUCACACUGCGCCAUCGUAUGAGGAGCAGCGCGCGAGUCCAGCGCUACUGAGUCGUGGCGCUACUGGCACGCCCGGCGGCCGCAGCGCCAGGGACGAUGGUUACUGCUCCGCCAGUAGCACGCCUCGAGCUAUCGAUCACAAAUCAACGAAAGGUUCUGUAGUGACAUUAUCGUGCUACAAAAAGGAGCCGAAAAUACAAAUAGAAGAGGAAUGCUUCUUUAGCGAGAACACAAAGAAAGUUCGAGCCAACAGCAUCAAGACAGAAGCUGAUGAUGGUCGAGAGACGUGGGGUACUGGUGCUGACUUUCUCCUGUCAAUAAUUGGAUUUGCAGUGGACCUAGCCAACGUGUGGCGUUUCCCUUACCUCUGUUACAGGAACGGCGGAGGCGCCUUCCUGAUACCUUACACGUUGAUGCUCGUGUUUGGAGCGUUGCCGCUUUUCUAUAUGGAGCUUAUAUUGGGGCAAUACAACCGUCAAGGACCCAUAACGUUGUGGAAAAUCUGUCCGCUAUUCAAAGGUAGGCAACAAAAUAAAUAAAUGUUAGGCAACAUCUCACAAAUUGCUCAGAUCCAAAAUCAAGUAGUUAAAGUAUUUGAAUUAUGGGAAUCUGAAACAAUGUAGGUAUCACACCGAAAUAAUAUGGAAAAGUCCAUUUUUUACGUUGACUCGAAUCAAGAACUCAACUCGGGAGUCGGAGAUGACAUUACCUUGAUUAUUUGAGGACCUCCAUGGCCGAGCGGAUCAUAUCUGUUCAUCUCUGAGCUCCUGGGUUCGACACUCGAAACAAAUAACAACACGAAGUUUUCUAUAUUGUCACGGGUUGUUUUGAUACAUUAUUAUUUCAGAGUAGUCACGUAGAUUAUAAUCUUUGCCACCCGCUUACGAUUCAGCUUUCCGUAAGUGAAUUUUUUUUAAAAUCGGUUUAGUAAUUUUUUAGUUUUUCCAUUAUAAAAACCAAACAUAUGUUUCUACUUUACAGUACAUAUUAGUAUAGAUUUCCAGAAUUCAAGGGCAAAAGGUAUUUAG